CAGCAGCUGCAGCAGCAACAUCUCCUCCAGGCUUCAUCCACCAUGUUUCAGCACAACAGGUCCGCCGUGUCGGUGGGCGGCGGCCCCUACAUGAGCAGCAGCAGGUCCAUGUCCAGCGCCCUGGGAAGCUCCCGGGGCAGAAUGUCUGUGGCUGGCUCCGCCAUGUCCGUGUACGGUGGCGGCAUUGGAAGUGGUGGUAGUGCAGGUGGUGGGAUGAGCUACGGCUUCUACGCUUCAGGUGGAGGCGGUGGAGCGUUCGGUGGUGGCGGUGGCUUUGGCGGUGGCGGUGGCGGUGGCUUUGGCGGUGGCGGUGGCGGUGGCGGCGGCGGUGGCGACGUGGACAUCUCUGCCAACGAGAAGGCCACCAUGCAGAACCUGAACGACCGCCUGGCCGCCUACCUGGAGAAGGUCCGCAAGCUGGAGGCCGCCAACGCCGAGCUGGAGCUGAAGAUCCGGCAGUUCCUGGAGAGCAAGACGUCACCCUCUGCCAGAGACUACAGCGCCUACUUCGUCACCAUCGCAGACCUGCAGACCAAGAUCCAGGACGCCACCAAAAUCAACGGUGGCAUCUACCUGGCCAUCGAUAAUGCCAAGCUGGCUGCUGAUGACUUCAGGCUCAAGUUUGAGAAUGAGCUGGCCAUGCGUCAGUCGGUGGAGGCCGACAUCGCCGGACUCAGGAGGGUUCUGGACGAACUCACUCUGGCCAGAACUGACCUGGAGAUGCAGAUCGAAGGCCUGAAGGAGGAGCUGAUCUUCCUCAAGAAGAACCACGAGGAGGAGCUGCUGGCCAUGCGGACCCAGAUGAGCGGUCAGGUGAACGUGGAGGUGGACGCUGCUCCUCAGCAGGAUCUCUCCAAGCUCAUGGAGGAGAUGAGGGAGUACUACGAAGGCGUCGCCGCCAAAAACCGGAAAGAACUGGAGAGCUGGUACCAGAACAAGGCAGACGAAAUGAGCAAAGAAGUCACCAUCAGCACAGAAUCGGUGCAGACGUCCAAAACAGAGCUGACCGACCUGAAGAGGAUGCUGCAGGGUCUGGAGAUCGAGCUGCAGUCACAGCUAAGCAUGAAAGCCGGGCUGGAGGGAACCCUCGCCGACACCCAGAGCCGGUACGCCAUGAUGCUGGGAGGUUUCCAGAACCAGGUGUCCAUGCUGGAGGAGCAGCUGGUGCAGCUGAAGGCCGACCUGGAGAGGCAGUCGCAAGAGUACAACAUGCUGCUGGACAUCAAGACCAGGCUGGAGAUGGAGAUCGCCGAGUACAGGAGGCUGCUGGACGGAGAGGGAGGCGGCAGCGUCUCCAUGUCAUCCUCCAGCAUGGUAUCGUCGUCCUCCGCAGCCUUGGCCUCUUCAGCCUCUUCAGCCUCCUCCGGCUCCUCCUCCGCCAACACCACCACCAGCACCACCACCAAGAAGCAGAUCGUGAUCAUCGAGGAGGUGGUGGACGGGAAGGUGGUGAGCACCACAAAGGAGGAGGUGACCCUCUGAGCUCCUGCAGGGGGCAUCCCCACAGAAACCAGCCAAUAAAGUCUGCUGAGCUGUUUCAGUCUGAAA